GGUGCCAACAUGGAGAAACGUGGACUUCCCUGUAAGCCUCGUGGGAUAUGUUUGUGUGUUUUCUCUACCUGAUAAAGAUAAGGAGGGUGCUUGCUGAGAAAUCCGUUUGCUUCCUGAGUCCAGGCAAACUAUGAGCUUUGACCUGAUACCUGACAGAGGCACAUAAAACGGGGAGUAUUUCGAUCUUGAAAACAGGUGACAUUUGACAACCCUGCUGCUUAAUUUGGCACUGGGUUUUGACAGCGUCUUUUUCUCAGACCGUUACUGUGACCUGUGUGUCCAUUGCAACUCUUCUUUCUCCCACCCCUGCAGUACUAAAAACCUGCUCCUGGAUGAAUGUUACAUUGUGUGGAGGUGUUCUUAAAAAUCUGUACAGGAAUACCUAUUGUAAUGAGGCAUGUAGGCGCUGGUGUUCAGGAAUGUGAAGAGUAGUCCAUCGAAUGACCGCUUGGUCUGACUUCUGCUUCAGAGAGGCUUCACUGGGGGGUGUGAUAGCUUACAUCAGCUCUUCAAGCUCGGCAUCUAGCCCAGCCUCAUGUCACAGCGAGAGCUCAGACAGCGGUUUCCAGUCAUCCUCUUCGCCUGUACCAUCUUCUCCGAACAGCUCCUCCUCUGAAAGCAGCUGCAACAGUCGGAGCAGUGAGGGCUCUGAUGGUGCACCAAAGAAUGAUCAGCUAGACGAGACUAUUAAAACAAACCAGUCAAGUGUUGCUGGUUUGACAAAGGGCCAUAAUGGAGUCACAAAAUUUAAUGGCAUGGUUCUUCUAUGCAAAGUCUGUGGAGAUGUUGCUUCAGGAUUUCAUUAUGGCGUUCAUGCCUGUGAGGGCUGUAAGGGCUUUUUCAGAAGAAGCAUUCAGCAAAAUAUCCAAUAUAAGAAGUGUCUGAAGAAUAACAACUGCUCUAUAAUGAGAAUGAAUAGGAACAGAUGCCAGCAGUGCCGUUUCAAAAAAUGUCUGUCUGUUGGAAUGUCAAGAGAUGCUGUUAGAUUUGGCCGCAUUCCUAAACGUGAAAAACAAAGGAUGUUGAUUGAAAUGCAGAGUGCCAUGAAAACCAUGAUGAACAGUCAGUUCAGCAGCCACUUGCCUAACGAAACACUGACAGAACAUCAAGAUCAGGCACCUCAAGAAGACCUUUCCUCCAAGCCCAAGCAAGAGCAAGAAAACAUCAAAAGCCCUUCUCCCCCUCCUAACUCUGAUAUUGCUAAGGAAGAAGUGAUUGGUAUGGUCACUAGGGCCCACAAAGACACUUUCAUGUACAACCAAGAACAAUCUCAAAACCCAGUGGAGACGAUGCAGUCCCAGAGUGGGGAGAGAGUUUCAAAGAACACUGAACAAUAUAUUUUGAGUAGUGAGCACUGUCCUAGUGGGCUCAGUGGCCCUCAGUACCCUGAAAGUGAGCAGCACCUUGGCGCACAGUACAAAGGGAGAAAUACAAUGCAUUAUCCAAGCGGGCACACCAUGAGUUUCACAAGUGGCCACUGUAUGAACUUCACCAGCACUUAUACUCAGCGGAUGUGUGAUAGGAUCCCAGAAGGUGUCUUUUCUCCAAACAAGCAUACUGGUUACUCUUGCAGUACUGGAGGAAGAUUGCAUCUGGUCUGUCCAAUGAGUAAGACUCCUUAUGUGGACCCAAAUAAGUCUGGCCAUGAAGUCUGGGAAGAGUUUUCCCUGAGUUUUACCCCUGCAGUGAAGGAAGUGGUGGAGUUUGCCAAGCGCAUCCCAGGUUUCCGAGACCUCUCCCAACACGACCAGGUUAACCUUCUGAAGGCUGGGACCUUUGAGGUUUUAAUGGUACGAUUUGCAUCUUUGUUUGAUGCAAAGGAACGUACCGUCACCUUCCUCAGUGGAAAGAAGUACAGCGUGGAUGACUUGCAUUCAAUGGGAGCUGGUGAUCUGCUCAACUCAAUGUUUGAAUUUAGUGAGAAACUAAAUGCCCUGCAACUUAGUGAUGAGGAAAUGAGUUUGUUUACAGCAGUUGUCCUGGUAUCUGCUGAUCGGUCUGGAAUAGAAAAUGUCAAUUCUGUGGAGGCACUUCAAGAAACACUAAUCCGUGCAUUAAGGACCUUAAUCAUGAAAAACCACCCAAAUGAAGCCUCUAUUUUCACAAAACUUCUUUUGAAAUUACCUGACUUGCGUUCCUUAAACAACAUGCACUCUGAAGAACUCUUGGCCUUUAAAGUUCACCCAUAGGCCUUUAGGUCUCACUUGUACCUGGACUUGCCUUGUGUUAAACUGUUUUAUGCUAAAAUAUGUAUUUAUACAAUUGUACCACUUCUUGGAGAGAAAGAGUUCACAGGCUGUGAACAACUGAUAGCUGUUCCAUAACCAUGCAAUAAUGCUUCAGCAGGUGCUUUCAGCUAACAGCAGCGCAGCUUUCGGCGUCCUCCGAGAUGUCUAAACCCAGGUGUGCUGCACUUCUGCAGAAGAGGUUACAAUGAGCCUGAGUAAAUAUUGACUGCUUUUUCACUUGGAAAAAAGAACCACCACUGCCCUCUGAAGUAAACAGAGUGCAGAAUAGCAGUGUAUGUGUAUAUGGAACAUGGAGCUGGGUGGGAACAAUACUGUGUUAAUAGGAAAAUGGAAGAGCUGAUUUAAUUGGUCUUUCCCUUAUCUAAUAUAUGUGUGUCUGUCUCUCUUAACUCACUCAUGGUUAUUCCAUUAAACCUGAUGGAAUGAUUUUGGCCUACAUCAACUUUUCACUGAGUGUGUGUUCAUGCCAUGUGUAUAUAAUAUAAAUAGUUAUGUAAUGGGUGUUUACAACUAUAUAAAGUACAGAGUUGUGUGUAUAUAUGUGUAUGUAUAUAAAUAGUUCUAUACAUAAAGUAUACAUAUAAUUUCUUCACAAUAUUUUAAACUGUGAAGGAAUUUAAACUCACAAAAGAAGGUGGUCUAUGGAAAGAACCAAAUAGAUGCACUUUGUGUAUUGCUGAACUAAUUAUCUGACCAUUUCUAAUUUUUAGAAAACAUCAAAUUUGCAUUAAUAUGCUGUGUUUGUUAAUUUUAAAAAAUAGAGUGGCACCAAAGGAGCAGAGUCGGAUUCAACUUUCAAAACAGUUCAUAAAGAAUCUUAAGUGGAGAUUGUUGUUUGUGGUACUAACUAAAUUGAUUGUUCAUUGCCACUGAGGUUCUUAUGUUCUGAUAAUGGUUAAAGAAGCAGCAGAUGCUCUUCAAAAACUUCAGCACAGCCAAGAAGAAACUGCUAAAUGAAUAACAGCAUCUAUCAAAAAAUUAUGGGAAAAAUGUAUCCAUAGUUGCAUUUGGGUGUAUGUGUGUGCUGUGACCAUAUAUUUCUUACAAUACAUCACUUUGCUGCUUACGAUACAUCAUUGCUGAAUGAGAAUCAAAUACAGAAAUGUGAGAUUCCCCAUGUCUCUUCACAAAUUGGGCUUUGUGGUUCCCAUGCCUGUUCUUCUGGAGCUGUCCACUGGUGUGUGUGUGCAUGUGUGUGUGUAUGUGCAGAGAAGGUGCACUGGAUAGUCUGGAUUUUUUCUUUUUUUUUUUUUAAAAAAACAAUAAAUGGGACUUUUUUGUUUUGCUUAUGCCAGUAGCAAAUUACAAAGCAGAUCCUCAAGUUCUACGAUUCUGCUGCUUUUUCAUCUAGAAAAGUGAUUCUCUCUGUUUCUUUUCCAUUUGUAGCAGGACCUGGCACCAGAAAAGAGAGAUUGAAAAAGCCAAAGCAGUUGUGCUAGAGCUAGUUAUGUUUGUUUUGCUAAUGCUGAAAGAUGAUGUUCCAUUACCCUUGUGUUUAACUAGCUUUACCUUAGAGGUAGCCCUCUACCUCUUAGUGUUUGGUAACACUACCUACUCUAUGGAGAAGUGUCUCCAUUUGUUACUGCAUAUAAAUUUAUGCAGUAGUUAAGGCCACAAGCCAGAAAGCCACCUAACUGCAGAACUCCUGCUCACCUUGUAGGAAGAAGUCUUGAGCAGCAGUACGUCAGUGGGAGUCCCAGUGCCUGUGGUAGAAGUUAAGUAGCCAUAGACCUCUGCCUGCCUGCAAGCAUCGGGAGAAGCCCUGCCCUGGGGUUGAGGAGGGGAGGCUUGCACCCCCUGAGCUCCCCGCAGCACCUCGGGCCAUCUUCGGGUUGGGAGAUGCCCUCCCGGAAAGUGGUAAGGAGCUCUGCCCAAAGGGGUGAGAGCAGGAGGUGGCAGGUACUGGAGUAAAAGGGAGUUGGGGAAAAUCCAGCUUUAGCUUUGGCUAAGAAACAGAAGAGCAGACCCCUGCCCCUCCUCCUCAGCUGCUGCAGGGAGUGCUGACCUCUUUCAAGCUGCUUUAACUGCUGGAUAAUGGCCCCCUAAAACAUACGAUUUUGCUAUCCAAAUAUGUUAUCUGGGCAUAUUGUCCUAACUUAUGUUAACAAUCUGUAUUCUACCAAUAUUAUUCAUAUGAGAGCUUCACUGAAUUUUGGAUUGAACCAUUCAGACUUCAGAAAGGGCACAGUCACAUGUUUUGUAUUACCUAGGAGCUGAGAUGUCUUCUUUGUAGACCCCAUUUCAAAUGUGGAAAGUAAAACUAACCCUUGGUUAUUUGGGGAGGGGAGGAGGCUUCUUGCAGAGGUUGCCACCCUACAACCAUGUUUUUCUUUUCUUUUUUUUUUCUUUUAAAACUGUAUUAUUAAGCCUUUAGGAAUGUAUAACCAGGACUGAGUAAUUACUGCUUAUUACAUUUUUAGUUAGAUUGACUAUGUAUGCCUAUAGAUAGAUAUUCUAACUUGUGCAAUUUCAUUUGAAAUAAAUCUUCCUGUACAUAAUGGAAAAACUCAUAUAUAACAGACAAAAAAAAACCCCAAACAGAUUGACUGAACAAAAAAGGUUGAUUAAAGUAGUGUUUAAAAGUGACCCGUACACUACAAACCCUAGCUGGACUCUUAAAAUCUAAACUCAUUGUAUUAGCCAUGUAUCGUGAGCUCUUCUUUUACUGUGUCACUGGUUAUACACUUGUUAAAUGCUGAGAUAAUAGACUUCAUGCCAGGCAUUUGAGUACUGUAGAUUGGGUCAUUGCUGAAAGAUUAAUAUAAUGUACUGUAUGACUUAAAUGAAAUUUUUAUUCUUGAUUUUAUUCUUGUUUUAAGAGAUUAAAUACGGGCAUUAUGUCAGCAAGCUAAA